AUGGACGUCGGCGCCAUGUUCUCCCAGGCGAUGGGGGGCUUUAGCCUAGAGACCAUAAUGAAGAACAACGACAUAUCCCGGCGCACCCAGCGCCACCUCGCAGCGGUGUACCGAAACCUCUUCUACGCCUCCCUCUUCGCCACGCUGGGCGCCAUCGCGCAGCUCAACUACGACCUGGAUGGCCUCCUGGUUCGCUUCGGCCUCCUCGGCCUCACCGUCUGGCUCUCCGUCAGCACAAGGCCCGAGAAGGACCGCCAGAUGAUGUUCGCGGGCGUCGCGGCGCUCUCGGGCAUCACGACGGGCUCCCUCGUCGAGAUCGCGCUCGCGGUCGACCCGGCCAUCGUCGUCGCGGCGGUCGGGUCCACCGCCGCCAUCUUUGGCUGCCUGUCGUACGCCGCGCUGUCCUCCCCGCGCCGGUCCUACUUCUACCUCGCCGGCCUCAUCUCCUCCGCCACCACCGUCUUCCUCGGCCUCUCCGUCGCCCUCUGGUUCUUCCCCUCCCGCUCCGUCGACAUGUACGCCAUGCACCUCUAUUUUUCGCUCGCGUGCUUCCUCGGGUACGUCAUCCUCGACACCCAGGUCAUCAUCGAGCGCUCCGAGACCUCCCCGGCCUCCGCCGACGUCGUCCGGGACUCCCUGAAGCUCUUCCUGGACCUGGCGGCCAUCCUGCAGCGGAUCAUCGUCGUGAUGCUCCGGAACAGCCAGCGGCGGGACGAGCGCCGGGACCGCGACCGCCGCAGCCGGGGGACCUACGCGCGCGCCGGGCGGGCGUGGUAG